AGAAGGGAGGCGAAACAAGGACAGCAGGGGAGGGACAUGCAGUAUGCAUGAGAGGCUCCGUUGAGGAGAGAGAGACAGAUCAGCAGAAUUGCUUCUCCAGCUGAGCAACUGGAUAAAACUGCCAAUAAAACUUUGCACCCUGCCAUGCUAACAUCAGUCCGGACCCUUUGUGUUCAGGGUACAAUGUGCAGGCUGAUUUUCUCAGAGUCUGGACGCUGCCUAUGAGUCUGUCCGUACAGCCGCUGGACACACCGAGCAGUCGCUUUUACUUUAGUUUGUUGUCGGUCAGGAGGGAAGCACAAAAGGAGCUGAUAUGCAGAAUGUACCAGAGGAGUGGAGGGAAGAACAGAGCAUGAGAGGAGGAAGAGACAAAGAUGUUAAACCGUGGGAGGGUAGAGAGGCCUUGUUCCAAAGGAACACCGGUAACUCCAAACAGGACAUGUCCACAGGGAAAGAGAAGAAAAAUGGAGAAAUGAUGAACGGAGGGGGAAAGGGGACGGAGGGGACGGAGGGGACGGAUAAAGAGUCGCUGAUGAUGGAGCUGACACGUCUGGUUCAGAAGACAGUGAAGGAGAGUAGCUGGUGGGAGCGGAGAGGCAUCGACAUCACUAUCCUGGCCCUCGCCUUUCUCCUGCUACCCCCAGCAUUCCUGCUGCUUGGUUCAUCCCAGGCCCUGGUGUUUGUCCUGGGCAUGGUGCUGAUGGGCAUGUCCCAUGCUGUCAUCACCAUCAAGGGGACCCAUCUGGCAAGUCACGGAUCGCUGAGCGAGUCCCCUACCUGGGCCGAUGUCUGGGCUGUGUUUUUCAUAGAGGUGUGUGGGUCGUUCACAGCGAGGGCAGGUGUAACAGGCCACAUUAAGAUGCACCAUGCCCACACCAACGUGAUCGGCCUGGGUGACUCCAGCACCUGGAAGAUACCCUACCUGCCCCGGGGUGUAUACCUGUUCAUUGCCCCCCUGGCUGUACCUGUUAUCACUCCUCUGGUGGCACUAGGUCAGCUGAAAGAGCACUCAAUGGGCCAGGCCCUGAGGACAGUCCUGAUGGUGUUCCUGGGGUUAUAUGCUCAGUACUGGCUGUUGAUCCAUGUCUCUGGGUUCCAGUGUCUUUACAGCACCCUCCUCUGUAUGCUGCUCUGCAGGGCUAUGUUCUCCCUGCCCUACAUACACGUUAACAUCUUCCAACACAUCGGCCUGCCUAUGUUCUCCCCGACCUGUCGGCCCAAGAGGAUUUACCAGAUGACCCACGGGGUUCUGAACCUUCCUCGGAACCCCCUGCUGGACUGGAUCUUCGGACACUCCCUCAUCAACUGUCACGUGGAACACCACCUGUUCCCCUUCCUCUCCGACAGCAUGUGUCUCAAGGUAAAGCCCAUCGUGUCCCAGUAUCUGAAGGAGAAGGAGCUCCCAUACCAGGAGGAUAGCUACCUCUCCCGUCUGCAGCUCUUCUUUCACAAGUACCAGGAGCUCAUGGUUUUCGCCCCACCCAUCACAGAGCUGGUGGGGGUGCAGUAAUGGAGCAGAGAGGUGGAGGAUGAGGCAGAGGACAGGAAACAGGGAAUAUACCAUCUACUAACCCAUGCUGCUGUGUGUAGUCACUGAAUUAAGAGACUGCUACCACUGUCCUACUGUAUCUAGGAGGAUCAUUCUUUAAGUGCACAAACUCCAACUAACUGACAUUAACAUAGAAAUAUACAGUGGGGAGAACAAGUAUUUGAUACACUGCCGAUUUUGCAGGUUUUCCUACUUACAAAGCAUGUAGAGGUCUGUAAUUUUUAUCAUAGGUACACUUCAACUGUGAGAGACGGAAUCUAAAACAAAAAUAAAUGCAAUUUUAUUACUUAAAAAUCAUACAAUGUGAUUUUCUGGAUUUUUGUUUUAGAUUCAACCCACUGGGCACAUACCGGUUGAAUCAAUGUUGUUUACACGUAAUUUUAAUGAAAUUCUGUUGAACCAAAGUGGAAUAGACUAAUUGAUGUCUGUGCCCGUUGGGAACAAUAAUAAGGCACUUUAUGGGAUACAUACACUACCAUUCAAAAGUUUGGGGUUACUUAGAAAUGUUCUUGUUUUUGAAAGAAAAGCACAUUUAUGUCCAUUAAAAUAACAUCAAAUUGAUCAGAAAUACAGUGUAGACAUUGUUAAUGUUGUAAAUGACUAUUGAAGCUGGAAAUGGCAGAUUUUUUUUAUGGAAUAUCUACGUAGGCAUACAGAGGCCCAUUAUCAGGAACCAUCAGUCCUGUGUUCCAAUGGCACGUUGUGUUAGCUAAUCCAAUUUGUGGGUUUUAUUACAGGCUCAAAAUGGCCAGAAACAAAGACCUUCCUUCUGAAACUCGUCAGUCUAUUCUUGUUCUGAGAAAUGAAGGCUAUUCCAUGCGAGGAAUUGCCAAGAAACUGAAGAUCUCGUACAAUGUGUGUACUACUCCCUUCCCAGAACAGCACAAACUGUCUCUAACCAGAAUAAAAAGAGGUGUGGGAGGCCCUGGUGCACAACUAAGCAAGAGGACAAGUACAUUAGAGUGUCUAGUUUGAGAAACAGAAGCCUCACAAGUCCUCAACUGGCAGCUUCAUUAAUAUUACCCGCAAAGCACCAGUCUCAACGCACAGAGCGACUUACAGUAGUGAGUGCAUACAGUUUCAUACUGGUGCCCCGUGGGAAUUGAACCCGUUGCAAGCGCCAUGCUCUACCAACUCUACCUUCACGGGACCAGCUCUUCAUACUAUAAUACAGGCCAGUUCAUGAUCUAACAUAGCAAUAAAACAUAACAUAAACUAGGUUUACCACCAGAUGUGUGUUUCCGUCAAACAGACUAGUUGCGGAUAAAAAAGUAUGUGCGUGAUUACAUAGUGCACAUGAAAAUUACUUUUGUGGUUAAGUUCCCAUGUACCAAAUAAAAAACACAAGUCAAAUGAGUUUCCAUCGCAAUUUCAACUCUACCGAUGGAGUCCUCCCGGGUGGCGCAGUGGUCUAGGGCACUGCAUCACAGUGCUAGCUGCGCAACCAGAGUCUCUGGGUUCGCGCCCAGGCUCUGUCGCAGCCGGCCGCAACUGGGAGGUCUGUGGGGCGAUGCACAAUUGGCAUAGCGUAGUCUGAGUUCGGGAGGGUUUGGCUGGUAGGGAUAUCCUUGUCUCAGUAUGUAAUAAAUUGUAUGCACUGUAUUGUUUGCACUAAUUAGAUUCUAUAUGAAAUAAAUCAUGUGAUAAUGUCCA